GCGGCCGUGGCGGCCAUGGCGGAGCUGGCGGCGGCGGAGGAGCUCGCCAAGCUCGAGUACCUGUCGCUGGUGUCCAAGGUGUGCACCGAGCUCGACAACCACCUGGGCAUCAACGACAAGGAUCUGGCCGAAUUUGUGAUAAGUCUUGCCGAGAAGAAUACCACGUUUGACUCGUUUAAAGCAAUUCUCCUGAAGAAUGGCGCUGAGUUCACUGAUUCCCUCAUCAGUAACCUGCUACGUCUCAUCCAGACAAUGCGGCCUCCUCCAAAACCAUCCACGAGCAAAGAGGCAGUUGUCAAACCCAAAUCAGAGAAAGAAAAGUUGAGGGAAUUGUAUCCAGCCCUUUGCAGGCCAGACAAUCCCAACAUCAGGAACAUGCUGGAUGAAGAUGAUGUGAAAGUGGCAGCUGAUGCCCUGAAGGAGCUGGAAGCUCUGAUGCCCAGUGCAGACAAGCAGAGCAAGCAGAGGAGCAGCGACCAUCGGGUGAAGAAAAGGAAGAGGAGCCGGAGCCGUAGCAGGGACAGGAAGCGGAGGCACAGAUCGCGCUCCAGGUCCCGUUCCAGGACCUGGGACAGGAACAGGGGAAAAUCCAGAUACAGAUCAAGGAGCAGGAGUUGGAGCCCCAGUAAGGAGCGCAGGGAUCGGGACAAAUACCUUGAGAAGAGCCAUGAGAGGUGGAGGGACAAGCACAUAGACCGACCACCAGCUGAGGAGCCUUCCAUUGGGGACAUCUACAAUGGCAAAGUCACCAGCAUCAUGCAGUUUGGGUGCUUUGUGCAGCUGGAAGGACUGAGGAAACGUUGGGAAGGCUUGGUGCACAUCUCAGAGCUGCGAAGAGAAGGACGGGUUGCCAACGUUGCUGAUGUUGUGAGCAAAGGACAAAGAGUGAAAGUCAAAGUGUUGUCUUUUACUGGAUCCAAAACCAGCCUGAGCAUGAAGGAUGUUGAUCAAGACACUGGGGAGGACCUGAACCCAAACCGUAGGAGGAACCUGGUUGGAGAAACCAAUGAGGAGAGCUCCAUGAGGAACCCAGACAGACCCAGCCACCUGUCCCUGGUGAGCGCCCCCGAGGUGGAGGACGACAGCCUGGAGAGGAAACGCCUCACCCGCAUCUCUGACCCCGAGAAAUGGGAGAUAAAACAGAUGAUUGCAGCUAAUGUGCUUUCCAAGGAAGAGUUCCCUGACUUUGAUGAGGAGACUGGGAUUCUUCCUAAAGUGGAUGAUGAAGAAGAUGAGGAUCUUGAGAUUGAGCUAGUUGAAGAGGAGCCACCAUUUCUUCGAGGUCACACUAAACAGAGCAUGGAUAUGAGUCCCAUUAAAAUAGUAAAGAACCCAGAUGGUUCCCUGUCCCAGGCUGCCAUGAUGCAAAGUGCUUUAGCUAAAGAGAGGCGAGAGCUGAAACAAGCCCAGAGGGAAGCAGAGAUGGAUUCCAUCCCCAUGGGCCUCAACACACACUGGGUGGAUCCUCUCCCUGAUGUGGAUGGAAGACAAAUAGCUGCAAACAUGAGAGGUAUUGGGAUGAUGCCAAAUGAUAUCCCAGAGUGGAAGAAACAUGCAUUUGGUGGCAACAAAGCUUCUUAUGGUAAGAAGACCCAGCUUUCCAUCAUUGAACAGAGAGAGAGUCUCCCAAUCUUCAGACUCAAGGAGCAGCUGAUACAAGCUGUGCAUGACAACCAGAUUCUGAUUGUUAUUGGAGAGACAGGAUCUGGGAAAACAACCCAGAUUACCCAGUACCUGGCUGAGGCAGGAUAUACCUCAAGGGGGAAGAUUGGAUGUACUCAGCCUCGCAGAGUGGCUGCAAUGUCUGUUGCAAAGAGGGUGUCAGAGGAAUUUGGUUGCUGCUUGGGACAAGAGGUUGGCUACACCAUUAGAUUUGAAGACUGCACCAGCCCUGAGACUGUCAUCAAAUACAUGACAGAUGGGAUGUUACUGAGGGAGUGCCUGAUAGACCCAGAUCUCACCCAGUAUGCCAUCAUCAUGCUGGAUGAGGCCCAUGAGAGGACCAUCCAUACUGAUGUGCUCUUUGGGCUCCUGAAGAAGACAGUGCAGAAACGGCAGGACAUGAAGCUGAUAGUGACAUCAGCAACUCUGGAUGCUGUGAAAUUCUCUCAGUAUUUCUAUGAAGCACCAAUCUUCACAAUUCCUGGCAGAACAUACCCAGUAGAAAUUCUGUACACAAAAGAGCCAGAGACAGAUUAUUUGGAUGCCAGCCUGAUUACAGUGAUGCAGAUCCUUACAGAGCCACCAGGUGACAUUUUGGUCUUUCUGACUGGCCAGGAAGAGAUUGACACUGCCUGUGAAAUCCUCUAUGAGAGGAUGAAAUCUCUAGGACCUGAUGUUCCAGAGUUAAUUAUCCUGCCAGUGUACUCAGCUUUGCGUGAAAUGCAGACCAGGAUCUUUGACCCAGCCCCACCAGGGAGCAGAAAGGUAAUUUAUGCCACCAACAUUGCAGAGACAUCUCUGACUAUUGAUGGAAUAUAUUAUGUGGUUGAUCCUGGCUUUGUGAAGCAGAAAGUUUAUAACUCCAAGACUGGAAUUGACCAGCUGGUGGUGACACCAAUUUCCAGGCUCAAGCCAAGCAGCGUGCAGGGCAGGGCUGGCAGAACAGGCCCAGGGAAAUGCUACAGGCUGUACACAGAACGUGCAUACAGGGAUGAGAUGCUGACCACCAACGUGCCUGAAAUCCAGAGAACAAAUUUGGCCAGCACAGUGCUCUCCCUGAAGGCUAUGGGCAUCAAUGAUUUGCUGUCCUUUGACUUCAUGGAUGCUCCCCCCAUGGAAACUCUGAUCACAGCCAUGGAGCAGCUCUACACCCCUGGGAGCUCUGGAUGAUGAGGGGCUGCUCACUCGGCUUGGGACAUGGCAGAAUUCCCCCUGGAGCCUAUGCUGUGUAAGAUGUUGAUCAUGUCAGUGCACCUGGGAUGCAGUGAGGAGAUGCUGACAAUUGUGUCCAUGCUGUCUGUGCAGAAUGUGUUCUACAGGCCAAAGGAUAAACAAGCACUUGCUGAUCAAAAGAAAGCCAAGUUCCAUCAAACAGAAGGUGACCACCUCACUCUGCUGGCUGUGUACAAUUCCUGGAAGAACAAUAAGUUUUCAAAUCCUUGGUGCUAUGAAAAUUUCAUCCAGGCUCGUUCCUUGCGCCGGGCUCAGGACAUUCGCAAGCAGAUGUUGGGCAUCAUGGACAGGCAUAAGCUGGAUGUGGUGUCCUGUGGGAAGGCCACAGUUCGGGUCCAGAAGGCCAUUUGCAGUGGCUUCUUCAGGAAUGCAGCCAAGAAGGAUCCCCAGGAAGGGUACAGGACACUCAUUGACCAGCAGGUUGUCUACAUCCACCCAUCCAGUGCUCUCUUCAACAGGCAGCCUGAAUGGGUGGUGUAUCACGAGCUGGUGCUGAACAAGGAGUACAUGAGGGAGGUGACAACCAUCGAUCCUCGCUGGCUGGUGGAGUUUGCCCCAGCUUUCUUCAAGGUCUCUGACCCAACCAAGCUGAGCAAGCAGAAGAAGCAGCAGAGGCUGGAGCCCCUCUACAACCGCUACGAGGAGCCCAACGCCUGGAGGAUCUCCCGCGCCUUCCGCCGGCGCUGAGCUCAGCUCCCUGCUGGAUCUGCUGCUCUCCUCCUGUGGGACGGGGGCUUCUGCACUGCUGCCACUGUCCUGGGGGACAGACACCCCCCAUGCAGCUCAGCUCGGGCAGAGCAGGAGCUCAGGGGGCAGCCCAGAUGUGCUGCAGCUGCACAGCCUCUCACGAGUGGGUCUUGGAGCACUUUAGUGAUUCCCCUUUUGAGAGACAAAAUCUAAGACUCAGGGUCUGGGUACUGAGCUAAACAACACAGAAAAAAUGGUGAUUUAGAACUGGUUGUUCUCCUUUCAAGAGGCAAAAUCUAAGACUCAGGAGUCUGGGUACUGAGCUAAACAAUACAAAAAAAUGGUGAUUUAGAACUAGUUGUUCUCCUUUCAAGAGACAAAAUCUAAGACUCAGGAGUCUGGGUACUGAGCUAAACAACACAGAAAAAAUGGUGAUUUAGAACUGGUUGUUCUUUCAAGAGACAAAAUCUAAGACCCAGGAGUCUGGGUACUGAGCUAAACAACACAAAAAAAAUGGUGAACUGGUUGUUCAUCUUUCAAGAGGAAAAAUCUAAGACUGAGGAGUCUGGGUGAGCUGAGCUGAAAUUUUCAGCUUCCCCUUUAGAUAUUUCCCUUUUGAGAGAGAAAUCUAAGACCCAGGAGUCUGGGUACUGAGCUGAACAACACAAUAAAUGGAGAAUUUAAAGCUGAUUGUUCACCUUUCAAGAGGCAAAAUCUAAGACUCAGGAGUCUGGGCAUUGAGCUAAACACAAAAAAAUGGUGAUUUAGAACUGGUUGUUCUCCUUUCAAGAGGCAAAAUCUAAGACUCAGGAGUCUGGGUGAACUGAGCUGAAAUUUUCAGCUUCCCCUUUUGAGAGACAAAAUCUAAGACCCAGGAGUCUGGGUACUGAGCUAAACAACACAAAAAAAUGGUGAUUUAGAAUUGAUUGUUCACCUUUCAAGGGACAAAAUCUAAGACUGAGGAGUCUGGGUACGAAGCUGAAAUUUCAGCUUCCCCUUCUAGAGAUUCCCCUUUUAAGACACAAAAUCUAAGACCCAGGAGUCUGGGUGAGCUGAGCUGAAAUUUUCAGCCUCUCCUUUUAGAGAUUCCCCUUUUGAGAGACAAAAUCUAAGACUCAGGAGUCUGGGUACUCAGCUGAACAACACAAAAAAGUGGUGAUUUAAUACUGAUUAUUCACUUUUCAAGAGACAAAAUCUAAGACCCAGGAGUCUGGGUGAACUGAGCUAAACAACACAAAAAAAUGAUGAUUUAAAACUGGUUGCUGACCAGCUUGAUCGGUUCUGAGUGACCAGACAAAUAGAAGGUGGAAUAGUUUGUGUUUUUACCCUGCUAAAAGGGAUUUAUUUCUGCUUAAGGUUCUUGCUCAGUGACUGCUUUUUGGGAGCAGCCUGUUCUUUAUUUACCAAGUUUAUGCAUUUUCCCAUGCACUGUAAAUACUUGUAUUUUAUUUAAGCCAUCUGUGGUGAGAUAUUCAGUAUCUCUGGCUUGGGAUAAGGCAGGAAAAAUUCUUGAAACCCAGCUAGAAUAUAUUUGGACAAUGGCACAGGUCAGGCUGCAAGACUUACCCUUCAUCCCCAUCAGGGUUUAUCAACCAGUAACCCCCUCUCCAGCUCAGUUCCACCUGGGAAUGUAAGUGGUUACAAGUGUUUGGACCUUUUCUACAAUGUGCCAUGUGCUUUAUUUUCACUUACAAAAAUGCUUGGUGGCAUCACAGCUGUUGGGUUUUGUAAUAGAAUGAGCUCUUACAGCUAAAAUGUCUGUAAAAAUUGUAUAACAGUUUAUUGUUUUAAAAAAGAAGUGUGCUAUGUCAGGCCCAAACUAUCUGUAAAAUAUUUUUUUUUGUUGCUAACAGAUGAAAUUUAUUUGACUCCAUAGCUGUAGAAACCUUAUUUUUUUUUCUAAAACUGCUAAAAUUUGCUAAAAUUAUUGUUGAAAUGAAGAGAAGUAGCUUGACUGGUUGUUUUACACAGUGAAUUGGAAGAAUGUUUCACAUUGAAAAGUAACUGUUGGGAACACCUCUCUGUACAAAGGUGAGCAGGGAUGUUCAAUGUCCUGAGCUUUCCCUCGUGUUGUAUCAUCAUAAAAUUAAAGGGAAUUACAAAGUU